AUUCUGAACUUUUUUCUCAAGACACUGUGUAUUGUGAUGCGUGUGUGUUGAAUGUGUGUUGUGUGUACAGUGACUGGAUUUCUUUUCAUUACUUUUUGUAACCAUUGAGAAGGAAAUGUUGUUGAGAAUGAUAAAUUGACCAAGAUACAAGUGGAAGAAAGUUCAACAUGAUCAGCUUGGAUAAACUUUGGAAGAUUUUUUAUCUGGAUAUUGGACAAGAUUCUGAUUUGAUGAAUUUGAGCUUGAAGUUGGAUCACCUUAUAAGGAAUAUAAAAAGUAUCGUAUGACAUCUGUCUAAAGAAAUAUAUGAGAACAUUUUUUGCUGAUUGCAGAGUUGUAUUAAAGAACCCAGCCUAAGAUGGAGGCUCCUAAGGAUUAUGUUGAUAGCUACAUGCCAAAGAACAAGAUCAAGCACUCAGAUGCAAAGACAUCGGACAAAACCAAGGCAUCGGGCAGCACCAAGACUUCAGACAACACCAAGACACUAGACACUGCCAAGACAUCAGACAAUAAAAUGAAUAAUGCCCCAUCAUCAGAUAAUAGCACCAGUGGGGAACUGUCGUCUCCUGUGAUGUCUUUGUCAGCAUCACCUAUGGAUACAAACCUAGGAGGAGAAUCAAUUGAGAUGGAAGUCAACGCUAAUGGAAGGGCUAAAGGAAGACAAUUUAGCACAUCGUUACAUCCUAUCAAGGAGCUGGACCUGUUACUUGCAGCAACAUACAUCAAAGAUGCAAAGUAUGGACGCAAUUUCAAAUUCAAAACUUCAGAAAAACAUUUAAGAUACUACCAUUUGUACAACAUGCCAAUCUUCAGUUGGGUACUGUACCUAUUUAUAAUCCUUAAUCUGUCCUUGGCCAUCUUUGAAGAGCCUGCUGUUGGAAACCUUGCUCUACCUUAUUGGGCUUCCAUGCUAUUGGAGUGUAGCUGUUUAACCUACUUUUCCUUGCGACUAUUACACAGCUACUACUGUGCUGCAGGGCGGUGGUUCAGGGAUAUGAAAAACAUAGGAAGCAUUACCGUCAUUGUUUUGACUAUUAUUGACAUGGUGAUGUAUGCAAUGAUGUAUGAAUUGGGUGCUGCGGACAAGGCUGUCCGAUGGUCAAGACCACUCCGGCCAGUGCUGAUGGUUACUUUUGCUGAAAUGAAACUGGUUCGUCUAGCCUUCAGUAACAUCCGCAAGACACUUCUUGAGAUUCUCAAUGUCCUCAUCCUUCUUUUCCUCGUCAUUGCCCUCUUUGCUCUCUUAGGUAGAGAACUCUUUGGAAAUGAUAAUCUGAAAAAGGUUGAUGAAAAAUCACCAUACUUCACAGACUUUUGGGAGAUUUGGUGGGAUCUGUAUGUCCUUGUAACGACAGCAAACAGUCCAGAUAUCAUGAUGCCAGCCUAUGAUUUCAACCCUUGGUACAUGCUUUAUUUCAUCACUUAUAUCUUCAUCUGUCUCUACAUAUUCAUGUCUAUCUUUCUUGCUGUCAUCUACAAGAAUUACCGGAAACAUCUCAAGAAUGAGGUUCAGAAGUCUGUCUUCAACAAGCGUCGUAAGCUUGCCAGUGCAUGGGACCUGUUGAAGGAGUGGCAUGGAGGUCGUUUCCUCCUCUCAUGGGGUCGAUGGAAAGAGAUGAUGUCUAUGGUUGCUCCUAAGCUUAGCCUACCACAUGUACGUCUUCUAUGGAGGGUUCUUGAUCAGGACGGGCUCAAUUUCAUAAAUAAACGUACAUUCAUGAAGUUGGUAGACAUCUUAAACGUGCCUAUCGUACAGGUGGAUACUCAAAAGUCCUUGUCCGAGAGAAAUUGCCCAACAUGUUACAACUCAAAAGCAAGUCUGUUUGUACGGACAGUCGUCAGUCACAGAUACUUUACCUAUGUUUUUGAUUUGCUUAUCAUCAUCAACGCAUUCUUUGUGGGAUUCAAAUUGGAUGAGGGGGAACCUUACUUCCUUGCUCUGUUCUCCGUGGAGAUUGUACUCAAGAUGUAUGCCCUUGGCUUUUAUAAAUUCUUCCAUAGUUUCUGGAAUGUAUUUGAUUUCCUUGUUAUUGGAGCAGCUGUUGUUAUCACCAUCAUAGAGGCUAUUGUGAACAGCAGUGAGACAGAGACCACGUUAGACAUUCUUCUGAUCCUUAGGGUACUCAGACUGGUCAGAAUUAUCAACAACAUAGAAAGAUUCCAUGUCAUCGUAGCAACAGUGAUGAACAUUGGUCCUUCUAUAAUUACUUUUGGUGCAAUUCUAUUUGUUGUAUUUUACAUCUAUGCUGUGAUUGGGAUGGAACUGUACGCUGGUAAAGUCAACUACUAUGGCUAUGAGGUUGAUGGUGCAGACCUGACGGAGGAUGAGCUUUAUUGUGGCAACCCUCUCCUGCGUGGUUCAGAUUUCUACCGAGAUCAUUACUGCAACAACAACUUCAACAACAUCUUGAAGGCUUUCAUCAUCCUGAUUGAGCUCAUGGUUGUCAACCAAUGGCAUGUGAUCUCUGAAGGAUAUGUGAUAGUGACCAACAAGGCUUCUCGUCUCUACUUCCUCUUCUUUCACAUCUCUGUUGUCAUAGUCAUUAUAAAUAUCUUCAUAGCCUUCAUCCUUGAGGUGUUCAUGGUGGAAUAUUCCUUGUCAAAGACAGAGUAUGAAAGUGCUCUAGAGAAAGUGGUAGAAGACCUUGGUCUGAGUGAUAAAAUAGACAACUUAGAAGAAGCAAAUAGAAGGAGAAAGAAACCAGAUCGUAAAGAGUUGGUGAAGGAGAUGGAAACGGAAUACCCUGAAAACCCUGACGAUAAUCUCAAGUUUAGACUGGGAAAACGGCGGAAAGCAAUGCAAGUGACUCUACAAAACAUGUUUGAAGGUGAGCUUGACGAUGAGGACAUAGGUCCGGAGGAGAUCGAUGAUGUUGAUGAUAUCCCAGACGUAGACAUCACCCCCUUCCCAUUAUCGGUGGAUAACGUAGCUUAAAGAGAUGCGUGUUCUUUCAACUUCCAGUUUUGACAUUGGGAUGUAGAGAAGUUAUAAUUAAAUAUCAGGUCUAUGUAAGUUUACCUUUCCUAAGUCAAAGUCAUUUUUAAGACCUGGGGCCUGUUUCAUAAAGGACUUGCAACUGUUGUAACUUUGCCAUUACGGCAAAUUCUAUAAAAAUAAAGAGAAUAACUUUAUUGACUUUCUAGUUAGUAUAAAGAUACUGAGUAUCUCAUUAGUACUGUUAGCUGAACUCUGUGUAUGCACUCAGCCAAAGUAAUAUAUUCACCUUUAUAUACUUGUAAUUAUUCCUUCAUAUUAGUAAAUUUAUAUUAAUGAUUUCACUAAAAUUUAGAUCCAGAUUCUACAUUUAAUAUGUGAAUGAAAGUAUUGAUUUUACUGGUGACAUUUCUUAUAUAAUCUAUUGUUUCUUUGUGGAUAGUUUUUGAGCAUAUACAGUGUGUUACAGAAAAGAAAAUGAUAAAUUGAGAUGAGCAUGGGAGUAUCCUGCAAUUUUUUUUAUACCAAAGUGUGCAUUAUGUGAAUGUUAACGGCAUAGAUUUACCUCAUAUUUGUUUAUUCUGUUUGUUGCAAUGCAAAUACAGUAUACGAUACUUGAAACUGUAUCAUAAUAAAUUGACUUAUACGAAUAUAGAUAAUAUA